AAUUUCUGUCCUUCCGGAGUUUCACAACUUUUACGAGAACAAUUAAGUCUGACUCAUGGCAGAUUUCAGAGUCCAUAUCCUUCUAAGUAAGCAGCAGGAACAGGGAAGGUCGUGACAAAUACAUGUACGGUGCAUACAUGCAUGUAUAUACCAUGGAGUACGUACAUACGGUACGGCCUCAUGCACACGGAGAAAGACCGACAUUGCGUCAACGCUGUUUAGCCUUUUGUUGAUAUCACUUCUCAUGUCCAGGACGUCGGCUGCUACAGUCCCACCUAUUAGCACAUCAGAUCAACUGGGGAACGGUGGGUGGUUUUGAUCAUUAUCUUCGCCAAGAUGGUUAUUUUUUGGUAGCGUAUUUUUCACCAGAUAGCUUUGAAUAAUGUUAAGAGUUAGAUGUUCAAAGUUUAGGUGUAACAUGUUCCGUGUCAUAUACUAUUGGUAGCUAGCUGCAGCCGCGCCGCGUGCCUGUGAUGCUGGUAGGGCAGUGCUGUUCUAACGACUACUCGUAUAGUUUGUUUGAUUGGGUUGUUUGACUGUGUGGCUGUCAGUAUUGGCGCUUUGACAACAUCAGUUUGCCUGACAAAAAGUACCCAGACCGGUUAGACAUCAUAAAUUUCAGAACUGUGAGCUAUUCAACAUUGCAACUUUGUCUUACAGAUUUGUCUGGAGUGCCCAUAUAGACAGAAGAAUGCAGUUCGUGGCGAAUAACCGUCCCGUGCUCGGGAUCAGGCGGGAGGACUACAACAGGUGGGAGGCUCGUGCACCGCUCUCCCCCGCACAUGUGCAGAAGCUCGUCGACAGAGGGGUGAAGGUUCUGGUGCAGCCGGCCAGCAAACGGGCUUACAGCGGGAAGGAGUACCAGGCAGCAGGCGCGCACAUCCGCGAGGACCUGUCCGAAGCGUCCGUGAUUCUGGGAGUCAAGACGGUCCCUCCUGAAGAGCUGCUGCCCAACAAGACCUACGCCUUCUUCUCGCACACUAUCAAGGCUCAGGAGGCCAACAUGCCUAUGCUGGAUGCCAUCCUAGAGAAGAAUAUCCGGAUCUUUGACUACGAGAUGAUGCUGGACGAGGCCGGGGUGAGCCCUGUGGCGGGAGCGAUGGGCAGGCUCGCCGGCAUCUCAGGGAUGAUCAACAUUCUGCACGCCAUGGGGACUCGCCUACUGGCCCUGGGGAAUUACACGCCGUUUUUGAGGAUCGGCCCCACCCACAGUUACAGGAACAUCGAGAUGUGCCGCCAGGCCGUGAGGGACUGUGGGUAUGACCUUGCCCUGGGGAGGAUGCCGGAGUCCAUGGGGCCCUUGACCUUCCUGUUCACUGGGUCAGGUUACGUGUCAAAGGGUGCACAGGAGAUGUUGAAGGAGCUGCCUGUCCAGUUCGUUGAUCCUACCGAGUUGAGAGACGUUUGCGCUUCAGGCGACACGACCCGAGUUUACGCCGCCGUUCUGCGUCGCCACCACCACCUCCGACAGAGGGACUCCGGCCAGUACGACGAGAAAGAGUACACGGCACACCCGGACAGAUAUGUCUCCACGUUUGCCCAACAGUUCGCGCCGUACGUGUCGUGUCUGGUGAACGGCAUGUACUGGCCUCCCACCGCGCCGCGCCUGCUCACCAACGCCGACCUGCAGGGGCUGCUGGGAAACAACGCAACGGACAACGGAGGUCCCGGCGAAGUUCUCGGAUGUCCCCGUUUGCCCCAUCGACUGAUCGCUGUGAGCGACAUCUCGGCAGACGAGGGCGGGUCGCUGGAGUUCAUGACCCGAUGCACCUCCAUGGACAGCCAGUUUGAAGUGUCUGACGGCACAAAGUCUGUGCCAGGGAUCAUGGGAGACGGUGUUGUGGUCUGCUCGGUGGACAACCUUCCCGCGCAGCUGCCCCGGGAGGCGACGGACAUCUUCGGCGACCAGCUGCUGCCCUACGUCUGGGAAAUGCUCCACUCUAUGGCUGAGGUUCCCUUUGAGAGUCAAGCCCACCUGUUCUGCCGGACUCUCCAGGACGCCACAAUUGCCUCUAACGGGAAGUUGCGGCCGAAGUACGAGUACAUUUCGGAACUGCGUGCAUCGAAGAACAAACUGCAAUAAUCACUGGCUAGUUGGGGACAGUCCUGGCUAUAAGUCGUCAUUUGCAAACCAAAAUACACAGAUGAAGAACUAACAACUAAGCUUUAUUACUGACUUUUAGCAUUCCUCUAUACUGUAUCAGUCUGGAUCGAAGAACAAGUCGCAAUAGCUACUGGAUAGUUGUGAUAGCCCUGCCAAACCAGAAUGGACAAAUGAAUGAAAAUGAAAAACUACUGAACUCAUAAUUGCUAUUUACUGUAUACAUGCAUAUAUUUCUUGAUGGUUAAGUCGGAUGCACUCUGACUGGCGAAAAGCUGAGUCAAUAAUACGCCUUAAUCAACCAGCUCCUUAGACGUACAAUCCCUACAACCUCUGUAGUGGACGUCGUCACCAAACAAUGAUCAGCUAGCAAAAGCAGUAAAUACUAUGUCCUUCAUUCCACGAUCCUUAAGACUAGCUGCUCUAUGCUAUUAAAUGACAACUAGUUCUCUAUAGUUGUAUUCAAUUCCAUUUUACACCAAUGACCCUUGUGGAGAUAUCGCAAUGUUAAAAUUCCUCCUCUCUUGUAAUCCUCGCACUGAGUUAGGUUUGUCUGAGCUAAACUGUAACACGCGCAGACGUACGCGUGACUGUUGCUUUCAUCAGAAACAUGUUUGUAAAGACUUUGAAUCUGAAAAUCUGAAUCUGAAUUCUCUUGUCUUUCCCAACUACAGUAUUGUUGAUUAGUAUUACAUGUAUAUGUAUCUUGGCACCAUUGUGGAUUAGUAGUAGUCCUUGGGCCACACAGC